AUGCCGGAGGGCUGGGAGGGCCUUUUGAAAAGCAAAUUUGGCUGUCACAUUUUUAGGGCGGCUGUGAGGGCUUUGGCUGGGGCUGACGGGCUGGUGGCCCCGGAGGAGGCGGGCCACCGGGCGCGCCGGCAGCACCGGCUGGACUCUGCGGAAGAAGUGAAUUCGCUGGACGCGAAGGCCUCGGGUGUAUGUACAGCUCUGCUGGCCACCCCGCCUUCUUUCGAAAAGGAAUUAAUUCAUUUGUCAACAGAAAUAAUUCAAAUUUUGCAAAAGGAAAAGUUCUUGCUGCCCUUCGACCCCUACGCGGCGCCUUGCCUGCAGGUCCUGGGGCUUGCGCUCCAGGCGAAGCAGCUGCGAGAGCCACUUCAGCAACUUGUCGAAGCGCUUUUCUCUUCUCCCAAGGAAAAGAACAGCGACGAGGAACUUGUGAAAUUUGCAGGCCGCUUUGGCAAUUUCUUGCUGCAGAAGGUGCUGCAGUCGCCGUCCUUUGAAGCGCCGCAUUUGAAGCUGCUGCUGCAGGCUUUGGACUUCAAAGAAAUUUUGUUUUGCGGAACUGGGGCGGUGCUGUGGCGGUGCGCGGAGGCUUGCAGGCGGCUGCGGUGUACGUACACCUCAUUUGCAGGCAAACUGUUCGAAACUCUCAAAAUAAAAGGCGGCAGUUCUUUUUCUUUUUCCUGGUGGUGUUUGCUGGGCCUGUGCGCUCCCGAUGACCUGCCGCAGCAGCUGCUGCAGCAGCUGCUGCAGCAGGACGGCGAGUCCGCGGCGCACGAGGGCGCUGCUGCUGCAGCUGCUGCUGCUGCAGCGGCAGCGGGGAGCCGCGCAAAUCAAGACGAAGAAGCAGAGGACGAAGCUGCUCAAGAAGCAGAAGAGGGGCCAGAAGAUCCCAAAGGAUCUGAAGAAGCAGCAGCAAAAACAAACGAAGAAGACAGUCAGCAGCAAAUUCGACUUGUGGACAUUUGCACUCCCACGGGCUGCUCCGUGCUGCUGUCGCUGCUGCGCUUUCCCGCCAACACAAUUCAGCCGCUGAACUCGGGAUUCAAAAAGUUCGUGAGAACUGCUGCGAAUUUGAAUCUGAAAAUCAAGAAAUGGAGAAACAAAAAGGGUCCUCCCGACAUCGAAACGCAUUCCCUCCUAGAACUCAUGACCACAAACCGCCUGACUUCUCGCCUGCUGCAGCAAAUUGCAGACACUUCCACCAGCAGCAUACAGCCCAGCAACAUUCACUAUUUGAUAAGACAUUUAAUUCCUUUUGUCCCUUCCUUUGCCCUCGACCCUGUCGGGGGAUUCGUCCUCACCUCUCUCUACAACGCAGCCACUCCCGAGCUGAAGCGGGAGAUAGUGGAGGCGCUGCUGCCUGUGGAGUUGGAACUGAGGGAGAAGAACUACACGGCGUACAUGAAAUGCGAAAUUUACAAAUUUACAAAAGACAAAGAAGAGUGGCAGAAGCGGCAGGAAAAGAGAAGCAAAACGAGAGAGUUGUUCAAAGAUAUUAUUUCGGACGCAGCCAUUGAGGUGAACAACCAGGAGGCUGCAGAUCUUUUGCCAGACAAUCCGAAGGGCAAGAAGGCCGAGGCCGAGUCGACACCACUGCAAAACGAGGGAAAAGGGUUUCGAAAACCAAAAAACGAAAAUAAAAACAAAAAAGGAACAAUUAAUGGAGACGAAGAAGAGGAGAUAAACACCAAGGGGAAAGCAGAAAAAGAAGCCAAACGCGCAAUCGACGAAAUAUUCCUUGGAGGAAAGCCGAAUACAUUUGAGGAAAAGCAGAAGGGAAAAGAGAACAAAAAGAAGAAACAGCUCACUGGGAAGGCCAAAGAGAAUUCAAAUCCUCCAGCACCUUCAAACGAAAAUGAAAAUGCGAAUCUGAAUAAGACAAAAAACAAAGACUCCGCUUCCGACACAACUCUGGAUUCAUUUGAGGAAGAAAACACUUCGAAAAACAAAAAGGAAAUUGCGAAAAAAAGGAAAAUAGAGAUGGAGAAGCUGGAGGCAGCCGCGAGCCCCGUGAAUUCAAGAAAGAAGAAAGCUGUUUCUGAUAGCAAGAACAAACAAUGA